AUGCCCAUGUCACAGUUAUACAAACUCAAGGAAAUCGCUGCAAACUCAAAACUUCUCGACUCAAAGCUCUCUGCAAUGUGCCUUUCAAUACAGGAAUGCUCAGACUCAGUAUCUGCAAUGCACUCAGUCUCCGCUACUAUCCAUGAAGUCUUCCUCCUUUAUGCCAACUUCAUCGAUAUCCUCAAUAAACACCAAGAAAAUCCUUGA